AUGGCCGAGUCCAAGCGCCCGCGUGUUUUCUUCGAUAUCCAGAUUGGCGACCAAAAGGUUGGCCGGGUGAACUUUGAGCUCUUCAACGAUGUUGUUCCCAAGACUGCCGAGAACUUCCGUGCCCUUUGCACCGGUGAGAAGGGCACGGGCAAGCAGGGCAAGCCAUUGACCUACAAGGGGUCCAUUUUCCACCGUGUGAUCAAGCAAUUUAUGAUCCAAGGUGGUGACUUUACUGCGUUCAACGGCACCGGCGGCGAGUCCAUCUACGGCGAAAAGUUUGAUGAUGAGAACUUCGACCUCAAGCACGAACGUCCCUUCCUCCUUUCCAUGGCCAACUCGGGCCCCGGUACCAACGGUAGUCAAUUCUUCGUGACCACCGUCCCUACUCCCCAUCUCGAUGGCAAGCACGUCGUCUUCGGAGAGGUACUCAACGGCAAGAGCAUCAUCCGCAAGAUCGAGAACAUGCCCACCCAAUCCGACAAGCCCAAGGUUGAUGUGACGGUGGUGGACUGCGGUGAGCUCACCGGAGAAGAGUACGACAACGCCGACAAGCGGGUGCAGGAUGCCACAGGAGAUCCUUACGAGGAUUUUCCCGAGGACCACCAGGGUGAAGAGUUAACGUCCACUCUUGCUUUGAAGAUCGCUACCGAGCUCAAGGGUUUCGGUAACACUGCAUUCAAGAAGGGCGAGCUGAACCUGGGUCUUGAGAAGUACCAGAAGGGUCUGCGGUACCUGAAUGAGUUUCCCGAGCCCGCCGAGUCUGACCCCAAGGAGCUGGGCGAGCAGAUGAAGGCCCUCCGCUUCACUCUUCACUCCAACUCCUCCUUGCUUGCCAACAAGCUCCAGCAAUACCGGCAAGCUCAAAGCUGGGCUUCGUACGCUCUCCAGGUUGCCGAGGCCGCCAAGGCCAAGGAUGCUGAUCUGGCCAAGGUCUACUUCCGCCGUGCGCUCGCGCACGAGGGACUCAAGGAGGAAGACGAGGCGCUGAAGGACCUCCAGGAGGCUGCGAAGCUGGCCCCUACCGAUGCUGGUAUCACCAACGAGAUUGCCAAGGUCAAGAAGGCCAUGAAGGACCGUGAUGCCAAGGACAAGGCUGCCGCCCGCAAGUUCUUCUCCUGA